AUGUGGCCUGAUUUGACUUUUGUCACACAACAAUUAUAUGAGUUUGUGGAUACACUUACUGAGGAGUACAUGCGAGCUAUUAGUAGAGUGUUGCGGUAUCUCAAAAAAACACCAGGUCAAGGUGUUUUUUAUUCAGCUAGUUCUUCAUUACAGAUAAAGGGUUUUUCUGAUUCUGAUUGGGCAGCCUGUCCUCGCUUUAGGAAGUUUGUUACAGGUUUUUGCAUUUUUCUUGGUGAUUCUUUGGUUUCCUGGAAAUCAAAGAAGCAAGUUACAGUUUCUCGGUCUUCUUCUGAAGCCGAAUAUUGGGCUUUGGCUAUUACUAGCUGUGAAAUUCAGUGGCUUCUUUUCUUAAAGGCAAUCUUGAAGUUAUUGUAUGUUGACAGUGCUAAUCAGCUUGCUGAUGUCUUCACCAAACUGCAUGGUCCUACUUCAUUUGCCAUGUUCAUGUCCAAGCUGGGUGUACACAUGAGUUGA